CUCGACGUGAACAGACGUGCGUGUCGGAACAAACAGACGAAAAUCAAACAUACGAAAAGAUAAAGCAGAAAUUCAGAGAAACAGCAAACUGACAAAUCUGAGCAGUCAGAGAAAUCAGUAGCCAAGUGCCAAGUGACCCAGUGACAAGUGUUUUAGCGAGUUCAACUAAAGACCAAUGGCCCUGGAGGAUCGCUGCAGUCCACAGUCAGCGCCCAGUCCCGUUACCCUGCAAAUGCAGCAUCUCCAUCACCACCAGCAGCAGCAGCAACAGCAGCAGCAACAAAUGCAGCAUCUCCACCAGCUGCAGCAACUGCAGCAGUUGCACCAACAGCAGUUGGCCGCCGGAGUUUUUCACCAUCCGGCGAUGGCCUUUGAUGCCGCUGCAGCGGCGGCUGCUGCAGCAGCUGCUGCGGCCGCCCACGCCCAUGCUGCUGCACUGCAGCAGCGGUUGAGUGGCAGCGGAUCGCCCGCCUCCUGCUCCACGCCCGCCUCGUCCACGCCGCUGACCAUCAAGGAGGAGGAGAGCGACUCGGUGAUCGGGGACAUGAGUUUCCACAACCAGACGCACACCACCAACGAGGAGGAGGAUGUGGAGGAGGAGGACGACAUCGAUGUGGAUGUGGACGACACGUCCGCCGGAGGACGCCUGCCACCGCCCGCCCACCAGCAGCAGUCGACGGCCAAGCCCUCGCUGGCCUUCUCCAUUUCCAAUAUCCUAAGCGAUCGUUUCGGUGAUGUGCAGAAGCCAGGAAAGCCGCUGGAAAACCAGGCCGGCAUUUUCCGGCCCUUCGAGGCGAACCGCUCUCAGACAGCCACGCCCUCCGCCUUCACCAGAGUGGAUCUCCUGGAGUUCAGCCGGCAGCAGCAGGCCGCCGCUGCAGCAGCCACUGCAGCCAUGAUGCUGGAGCGGGCCAACUUCCUCAACUGCUUCAAUCCCGCCGCCUAUCCCAGGAUCCACGAGGAGAUCGUCCAGAGCCGCCUGCGCCGCAGUGCAGCCAAUGCCGUCAUCCCGCCGCCCAUGAGCUCCAAGAUGAGCGACACCAAUCCCGAGAAGUCCGCCCUGGGAUCUCUGUGCAAAGCGGUCUCCCAGAUUGGACAGCCGGCUGCCCCCUCCAUGACACAGCCUCCGUUGAGCAGCAGUGCCAGCAGCUUGGCCAGCCCACCGCCCGCCUCCAAUGCCUCCACCAUCAGCAGCUCCUCCUCCGUGGCCACCAGCUCCAGUUCCUCCUCGUCGGGAUGCUCCUCCGCAGCCAGCUCGCUGAACUCCUCGCCGAGCAGCCGCCUGGGUGGAGCCAGCGGAUCCGGAUCCGCGGCCAAUGCCAGCAGUCCCCAGCCACAACCCAUUCCUCCGCCAUCCGCCGUUAGCCGGGAUUCCGGCAUGGAGUCCUCCGACGAUACGCGUUCCGAAACGGGAUCCACGACCACAGAGGGCGGCAAGAACGAGAUGUGGCCCGCCUGGGUGUACUGCACCCGCUACAGCGAUCGUCCCAGCUCAGGACCCCGCUACCGCCGCCCCAAACAGCCAAAGGACAAGACCAACGACGAGAAGCGACCACGCACCGCCUUCUCCAGCGAACAAUUGGCCCGCCUCAAGCGGGAGUUCAACGAGAAUCGAUAUUUGACCGAGCGGAGACGCCAGCAGCUGAGUGGCGAACUGGGCCUGAACGAGGCGCAGAUCAAGAUCUGGUUCCAGAACAAGCGGGCCAAGAUCAAGAAGUCGACGGGCUCCAAGAAUCCGCUGGCCCUGCAGCUGAUGGCCCAGGGACUGUACAACCACACCACCGUGCCGCUGACCAAGGAGGAGGAGGAGCUCGAGAUGCGCAUGAACGGGCAGAUCCCCUAAGCAGUGUCCUCCACUUGGGGAUAACACUCUCUCAAGGACCUUCGUCCUUCAAGGGGCGGCGUGCAAUAUUCGAGGGCGUACAAAUGGUUUUUCAUGUGAUAUAAUUGUAGCGUACAUAUGUUUUUGUAUAUAUAUAACCCUAGCCUAAGCACAAGAUCUAUGCGUAGCGAAUUCGAAUUCGAGCUGUAAGUUGUUGGCGUAUUUAUUUAACCACCCUUGGAUAAACGAAAGUAUUAUGCUAUAUCCACCCAUCUCGUAAUCCUCCAACACAAGGGCUUGUCGCUAUCUCUCUCGCCUGCACUCAAAAAACGCUUCGACUUUCCGACGUUUAUUAUUCCUACACAAAAUUAUCUAUAGUUAUUAUUCCCCAUAAAUUAUGUGCUUACGAACCACUUUGUAAAUUAAGUAACUUAACAGUUUCCCUAGCUUAAUUUCUAGUUUACACACGUAAGGAUUGCUAUGAACGAGUAUUUUUAGUUUUAAGCGAAAUGUUAACGAGCAACUAAUAGCUGAGAAAUGCACCUAAGAAAAUAACGAAGAAAUGUUUGUGCUAAAGCAAGUUCAAGAAAAGAAAAAAUGAAAAAAAGAAAUAAAACAAUUAUGGAGAA